AUGGCAACUACGCAACGGUCAGAGGAUUAUCAGAAAGUCAGCGAAGAACCGCAUAAGAAGGUGAUAAAGAACCCUUAUGGACCUAAUCCAGGAGAUUAUCUUUCUAACGUGACCUCUUUUAAGAUUAUUGAGUCAACGCUUAGAGAGGGAGAGCAAUUUGCUAAUGCUUUUUUCACUACUGAAAAAAAAAUAGAGAUUGCUAAAGCUUUGGAUGAUUUCGGUGCGGAUUAUAUUGAAGUGACCUCUCCAUGCGCUUCUGAGCAAUGCAGAAAAGACUGUGAGGCAAUUUGUAACUUGGGAUUGAGAGCUAAGAUUUUGACGCAUAUUAAAUGUGAUAUGGAAGCCGCUAAGAUUGCUGUGGAUACGGGUGUUGAUGGUGUCGAUAUUGUUAUUGGUGCCUCUAAGUACUUGAGACAGCAUCCACACGGUAAAGAUAUGUCAUAUAUUGCCAAGGCAGCUAUCGAUGUUAUAGAAUUUAUUAAAUCGAAGGGAAUUGAGAUUCGUUUCUCUUCGGAGGAUUCUUUCCGUUCCAACAUUGUUGAUUUGUUAAACAUUUACAAGUCGGUUAACAAGAUCGGCGUCACUCGUGUUGGUAUUGCAGAUACUGUCGGAUGUGCAAAUCCAAGACAGGUGUAUGAGUUAGUUAAGACUUUGAAGUCUGUCGUCUCCUGUGAUAUUGAAUGUCAUUUCCACAAUGAUACCGGAUGUGCAAUUGCUAAUUCUUACACAGCCUUAGAGGCCGGAGCAAAGCUUGUGGACGUUUCCGUUCUUGGUAUUGGUGAGAGAAAUGGUAUCACUCCAUUGGGUGGAUUUAUGGCACGUAUGAUUGCCGCUGACAGAGAAUAUGUUCUGUCCAAGUAUAAGCUUCAUAAGCUCCGUAAUUUGGAAAGUUUGGUUGCCGAUGCUGUCGAGGUGAAUAUUCCGUUCAACAAUCCAAUUACUGGAUUCUGUGCAUUUACGCAUAAAGCUGGUGUCCAUGCCAAAGCCAUGCUUGCUAACCCGCACACAUAUGAAAUUCUUAAUCCUUCAGACUUUGGUCUUUCCAGAUACAUUCAAUUUGCCAGCAGGCUUACCGGUUGGAAUGCUAUCAAAGCCAGGGUUGAGCAAUUGAACUUGGAUUUGACAGAUGAUCAAAUCAAGAAUGUCACUGGUAAGAUCAAGAAGCUUGGAGAUGUCAGAGCUCUUAAUAUCGAUGAUGUUGAUUCUAUUAUUAAGAAUUAUCAUGCUGACGUUCACACUCCUCAAGUUAAGCCUGCGAAUGGUCCCUCUAUUCCAGAUAAGGACGAAGUUUUGCUUGAUAGUGUUAAGAAGCCAAGAAUUGACUAA